GAUCAGUGCACACUUUAACGUUUCAUUUGAAAAGCAAGAUGUUUCAAAAGAGUAGCAAAUGCAGUUCGCAGAUCCGGGUCCCGGUUGACCCCGGAACGGAAUGCAGUGCUGUCAGACGGUGGUCGUUGUCCGGUCGCCCUCCUGUCUCCGGUAAAACCGGGCUGUUGCUGCUGCGGGCAAUGACCAGCGCAGAGAAUUACCGGGCCAUCGUGCGCUACCUGACCGACAAGAAGCAGCCGUACGCUCCGGGUACCACCGAGCACAGCAAGCGGGCCAUCCGCAAGGCGGCGGCCUGCUAUGUUUUCCGGGACGGCCUGCUGUUCUACCAGCGGCGGCGGAGGGACAGCGGGCGCCUGGACGAGCUGGAGGUGGUGGUGGACGAGCCGAGGCGGCGGGACAUCUUUCGGCGCUGUCACAUCAGCCGCAGCGGCCGCCACUACUCGAGGGAGAUCACCGGCUUCAAUGUCAGCAGCGGCUACUGGUGGAGAGGAAUUUUGAGCCAGAUAUCUGAGUUUGUCAAACAGUGCGAGGUAUGCAGGUCAGGUGCUGACAAAAUCCACCAUCUGUCAGAAGACCAACUAGUGGACUCGGAAAUUGGCCUAGAGAUUGCCAGAAGGGCAAAAACAGCAGCAGCAGUUGCUAACCAGACUAACCUGGAAGACCAUGUGGGAGUGCAACACGUUGAGGAAAAUGAAAAACACUUUCGAGAUAUACACUCAAACAAAGCUGAACUUCAGAGGAUUGUAAAACAGACCUCCACUGGGCACAGUCAAGUUGUGCUUGAUCAGCUGAACGAGCAGCGAAAUCUAAAUAAGUUUUGUGACAUUGCUCUGCUUAUUGAGGGAGAGGAGUACCGGGCACACAAGUCUGUGCUGGCUGCCAAUAGCAAGUACUUCCAGGACCUCUUCACUGAGAAAGGAGCCACCUCCAGUCAGGAAGCAGUAGUGGAGCUGGCAGGCUUUUCGAAAACAAGUUUUUUACCUUUGUUGGAUUUCUGCUACACUUCCUGCUUGAUAAUUGAAAUGCUUCACUUGAGUGACAUCGUCAGUGUUGCUGAGCACCUCAGGAUGGAGGAAGUUAUCAAUCUGUGCGAACAGAUUCGGCUCGAAAUGGAAAUUAAAAAGGAGACCUGUGAUGACAGAUCACAUUCAGCCAACAAAACCCAUGCCUGUGCUUCAAAGCGAAUAAACUUGCUGACCUGCAAUGCUGCAAAUAAAAACACCUGUUCUAAGAAAGAACCUGCUCUUAUCUCUCAACUCUUCGAAUCCCGUAUCAAAUGCAGUAAAGUUGGAGGUAAUCAAUCUCACAGAGUUGAUGAAAGAGGAAGCAUCGUCAACAAAGAUCAGAAAAGGUAUACUUGGAGAGGUUCAGAUAAUGGAAAUGCUUUGCAAGCAUUUGACAGUGAAGUUGAUUGUGUGGCAAUGAGUGAUGAGAAAAAUGUGAAUUCAAAGGUGGAAAAGCAGUGUGACCACAAGGCUUCAAAUCCUGAAGUCGAAGUAACACUUGGAGUGGACUCUAUGACAGCCAACGACAAUAACUUUAUUACCAACAACCUAAAAAGUUCAGGAGUGUUCAAAUGUGUAAAGCAAAAGGCUCAUGAAAAGCAGUUGAAGCGAUGGAAAAAGCCGCUCACCAAAAUGAAGGAUGAAAACAUUGCCAGUUUUGCCUGUACUGAGUGUGGUGAAGCAUUCCAGUCAGCAUGGAAUCUACAGAAGCAUGUGGAAAUGCAUGGAAGAACAAAAGGAUUCAAAUGUGCAAUCUGUGGUAAGGAGUUUUCUUAUACAUCUUCAUUGAAGACUCAUUUGAAGAGACAUGUCCCCGAUAGACGCAGAUCCAGCUCUGGUACAAUGAAGCAUAAGCAGCAGAGACUUAUAUGUACCACGUGUGGAAAACUGAGUCACAGCAUUUACGAACUUGAGAUGCAUGAGCUGAAGCAUGCUGGGUCCAAACCACACAAAUGCAUGAUCUGUGAAAAGUCUUUUGCCUACAUCCACAUCUUGAAGCUCCAUAUGAAAUAUCAUCAAGAUGCAGAGGACUACCAUUGUGAAUUUUGUGGAAAAGAAUAUUUCAAUGCCAGUUCAUUAUGGUUCCACAAACUUGCUCACUCAGAUGAACUGCAGUACUGCUGUGUUCUAUGUGGAAAGAGAUUUAAAACCCCUUCAGGUUAUAAUCAACAUAAAAGAAAGCAUAAUCUCUCAGAAGAGAAGAUCUCCUACAAUCAGUGUCAUGAAUGUGGCAAGGUGUUUUGUGACUGCAAGCAAACAAGUAACACAUUUUGUGAAGACAGGCCACAGAUCAGCCGAACUGUAGAGCAUAUUUGUGAGCACUGUAACAAGAUAUUCAACCAGAUUGAGGACAACCAUAAACACAUUACUCAACACACAGAUCAGAAGCAGCUGAACAGCGAUUCCAUGAAUGAGAUAAAGCAACAUGAUGAAGACACUGCAGGAGAAUGGAAAUCGUUUCCAACCAUUUCUAAUGAACACUCCAGAAAUCUUUCCAUCCUGCCUGACCGAAUUUUCUAACAUUCGUGAAUGAGCCAAGUUCUGCCUGUUUUCAAUGUCUGGACUUUUCCAUUAUAAGUGUCUGCAGGAUCAUUGGAACAGCAAGUGUGGACGUGUUUUGCAUGAUGUUUUGACAUCUUUUGGAUGGGCCCUAUGAGAAACAAACUUUUUUUUCAGUGAAACAGGUUUGUUUGACACGGUUUAUAUAAAACAUACUGUGUAAAAUUCGAUUUGAGUGUUAUGAAACAAUGAGGACGUAUUAAAACAAUGCAAAAAUUGUUGGAAACUUCAGGAAUGUAAUUGCCACAUCCCUCCCCUAAAUGUCAAAAAUACAACUCCAUGUAUUAAUUUAGACAUUGCAAAAAUAAACAGUUGUGCAGUUAAGUGAGUUGCAACUUUUGAAGCAAUACAGCAAGGAAAGUUGUAACUUUUUAUUUAUAUUUUGUUAUCCUGGUUCAUAUACUUUUUUUUAACCUCCUAAUUUAUUGAUUGCCAAUAUUUAAUGGAAGACAAUGCUUCAUGUUACCUUUUUGAUGACUUUUAUACCUUGUUCCGUAAUUAUGAUUGACUGUCAAGCAUUUUGUAUAGUACCAGCCUGGUAAUGCAUUUGUGUUAAAUAGGAAACAAAUGUUUUGACUUGACAUUGAGGUGGACACAGCUAGCAAGGUGAUUUAUAUCUGCAGGCUUUGUUUCAUUGCCAUGAGCAUUUGGAGCCAGUUUUUUUUUUGUUGAACAGAUUGGACAAUUUGAAUGUGUUAAUUGAAGUGGAUGCUGCAAAGCCCAGUAAAACGUGUCCUGAAGCAAACGGAAGCUGUUUCUUGAUAAUGUCAUUGUUUGUGCUGAUGGCUAGAGUCAUAAGGGAAUACAGGUCUGGUACACUGCCAUGGAUACUACAGGCACUCCAAAGGAAAUUUAUACCUCGGCAAUCUGAGACAGGUUCGUUGUUAUUCCUUUUAAAUGUGAAGACAAUGGAUAUUUACUAUAUUUUCCUGAGUGUACCUUGUACUCUCCUCUGUACUUUUCAGACAUUUAGGAUGUAAGUUUUCAUGGUUGCUUCAGUAAGGCUAUAAUUGAUGUAUGCACUGUAUGCUGUUGCAUCUUUUUGAUUACAACUGUGGAAAUGUCAGAAUUAAAGAGCUGCUAAAGUAAUAAUGUUUCUGUUAUAGAUAGUUUUAAAGAACCUGUUCAGACAUGUUAUGACAAGCUUUGGAGCAAGUGGGUCUUCUGGUCCAGGGGUGGGGCGCUAUCACUGCACCAUUAUCUGUUAUAUUUUAGAAUACUUUUCAGGAACUUACCAUUUAUCUUCUAGAGUAAUUGCAAACUCUGGUCUGUACACUUACAAUAUGAACUGUUACCAAAUUAUGUUGGCAAAUCUAGAAACAAGCAAUAUGCAGUAUGGAACAAAAGAAAAGUUGCUGGAAAAGCUCAGUUCAUAUGGUAGCAUCUGUGAAGAAGAAAUUCAGAAUUAACGUUUCGGGUUCUGUGACCCUUCCUCAGACCCUUCUGAGGAAGGAUCACUGGGCCUGAAACGUUGACUCUAUUUUUUCUUUCACAGAUGCUGCCAGACCUGCAGAGCUUUUCCAGCAACUUUGUUUUUGUUCCUGAUUUACAGCAUCCGCAGUUCUUUUGGUUUUUAUUUAACAUGUGGUAUGGGGUGCCCUGAUCAGUCUGACUAAAUUUAGCUUCUACAACCUAGCACUUUAUCCUACAGAUGGUAGAACUGCUCUCGUGCAGUGAGCACUUGGCACUACCAAGGAGUACACUGUUCCUAUUUGCUGCUUUAUGAAAUCUGUACUUCAUCAACUUCUGAAAAAAAGACUGUUGGUAGAUGAGACCAUAGCAGAUCAUGCACACCACAUUCUAAAAAUGAGAAUGGCAGGAAUGUGUAUAGUAGUACAGGAGUACUGAAGCAAAUGCACUUGUCAACAAUUGUGUUGAAAUUCUGACCAAGUGACUAAGUGAAAUGUUAUUCUCUUGUCUUUGUCUUUCCACCCAUUUAUUAUUCUGUUCCUCCUUGUUCCCUUUGCACAGAACAUUAAGCAUAUUUUGUACCAACUUAAGUCCGUUAAUUAUUUUUAGUUGUUUGUUACUUUUUGAAAACUUCACCACGAUUAUUAAAAAAUGAAAUCACAUUUUGUAAUCAUUUAUUUGCACUGGAAAAUAAAGUGUAGUUAACACAAGUAAAUUAUUUAUGCAAGCUUUAAGCUGAUCUAUUUUGUAGUUGUUUACAUGAUUAAUUCAAGGCAGAUGGUCAAAUUUUAUCAGUCUUGACUAAAUGCAAUAUAUUUAAAUUACUUUGUCAUUACUUUUGCUGCCCAGAAAGUGUAUGUGUGUCCGCCUGCCUUAUGCUGGUGUUCUGCUGGCUUUUUUAACAGCCUUGUUAACUCGCAUUGCUACUUUUAAUGAUUUGAGAUUGUACCUCUUAACCUCUUUGCUUCUGUAUUCCAUGUAGUGUCCCUUUUUGCGAGGAACAUGUGACCACCUGAUUCCUACUACUAAAGAUGACCACCUCGCACUUUCAUAAAAUUUCAUCUAUCGUUUACUUACUCAUUCUGCAAACUUAUUGCCACGUGUUCUAUUUUUUUUUGUCAAUCUUCCCCAGUAUUGCACUGUCAAAUUUGGCAUCAUCGACAAAUUUUGAAGUUGUCUAAGUUAGGUUUGCAAUUGAUGAAUAGCAUUGAAUCCAGCAUGGAUUUUGUGAGAUAUUACUUCCCACCAACCUUACUAAUUAUUUCAAUAACUUCAACUUGGGUUUUUGUAGUCACCUUGUUAGCUGUUCUACUCCUUAUCCCUUAACUCCACAUCUUCUAACCUUUGAAGACUACCUUAUCAAAUAAGUGAUGACCCCAUGUGUAAGUUUCAAACACCAUAAUCUUACAAAUGAGCCAAGAAUACACGUAUGUGGACUUGUGAAUAAUUAGCAGUUCACGUGAGUCUGUUUUUAUUAGUGAUGAAAGCCAGGACCAUUAUAAACAUUAAAUUUGUUAUUCUUGUACUGAAGUUUUUACAAUGUUAUGUAUUUUGAACAUAUUUUAUUUAACCUAAUCUGUAUGACAGUGCAAAAUCUGUAAAAUUGCAAAAUAAAAAUGUGACACUAAACUAA